UUUCCACCGUAGAUGUUUGUUUGUUUGUUGUCAAGACAUUUAAAUAAAUUGGUGAGUUUGUGAAGUUUUGAAAUUGAAAUAAUCAUUGAAAAUAUGGAUAAUGAAAAACAGCGACAGCAACAGCUACGACGAAAUCGUCGUGAUAAUAGAAAGAAGAAACGAUUUUAUUAUAAACAAUCGAAAAAUAAAGGUAAUGAAAAGGCCAGAAUUCGUGUUGAACUAGAAGAUGGGCAUCGUGGAUUUUUGGUCACUUGUAAUCAAAAAGAAUAUCAUUGUUUACAAGAAUCGUAUAAUAUAUUGAAUGAAAUAUCAGAUCGGAUUUAUCCGAACGAAGAAGCCAAACAUCCUGAUCCGAAUGAUAUUGAAGCCUGUAUACAAGCUGAAUUAGCAGCAGAACAAAAAACGAAUCUACGUUUUUUACAACUAAAAACUCGAUGUAAAAAUCUACUAUUCAUUCGAAUACAGGAUGAUCAAAUUGAUCCACAAACAUUAUCAUCGGAAUUAUGGAAAGAUCUUGAGCAGAAUCAACGACAAAAUUGUCGAUAUAUUCAACGAAUCAUUCCGGUUAUACGAACAUGCCGUACGGAUAAAAUUGUCACAAAAUUUGAUGAAAUAUUCGAACGUAUAGCAACGAAAAAUGUUUGUUCCUAUCUGGUACAAUGUCGGAUACGAAAUUAUUCAUCAUUAACCGAACGUAUAUUACAGGAAUCGAUCAUACAAAUUGUACGUGAACGACGGCCAAAUUGGUACGCCAAUUUAGAACGACCGGACCAAUUGAUUCAGAUAAAUGUUCUUUGUAAAGCUGCUUGUAUUUCUUUAUUACCUGAUUAUAAUCGUUAUGCUAAAUAUAAUGUAAUUGAAUUUAUAAGAAAACAUUUCGGUAAUGUUGAAAAAGCUGAUGAUGAUGAUGAUGGUGAUGAUGUGAAAUCGGAAUCGAAUUCAAACAAGCAGCAACAACAACCGAAAAAUGUUGAUGAAAUUCAAAAUGAAUCCAUUCAACAAGUAACCGAAAACAUUACAUCACAACCGAUUACUGAACAAUAAUUUUAAUAAAUAUAUAAUUAAACAUAAUAAUUAAAUUUUAUUUUUAAAAUUUUAACAAAUCUAA